CAUUUCUUCCCUUUCCUCCUCCGCCUCUCUUUCUCUCCUAUCCAUUAAGCAACUACAUCCACCAUGCUGUCUACUGUUCCGGCAGCCUUCUUCUCCUCCCCAGAUUCUAUGCUGGGAAACCCUUUUCCAUUCUCCUCAAACGGCUCCACACCAGGGGACUGUUCUGAACUCUUUCUUGCCACUGUUGAUGAAUCGAAGGAAUUGAAUCCAAACCCUGUCAACAAUAACUUCAACUCCGAUGACCCAAAUCCGAGCAUUAUUUCUGUUGUUGAUGAGAGGAAACGGAGGCGUAUGAUAUCGAACAGGGAGUCGGCCAGAAGGUCACGCAUCCGAAAACAGAAGCAUUUAGAAAAUCUAAGAAACCAGGUGAAUCAACUGAGAGUCGAGAAUCGAGCACUGAUGAAUCGGUUGCACUCUGUUUUAUACCAUUAUCAGAGUGUACAAAGGGAGAACGACCAGCUCCGAUCUGAAUAUAGUGUACUUCGACAAAACCUGUCGAAUAUACGCCAAAUUUUGAUGUUAAGACAACUUCAGCAAUUCACGUCUGCAUGGCCAUGUAAUAACAUAAACACGACCGAACAAACCAUAUCACCAUUGGUGACAACAUAAUAUAUUAUAAAAUAAAUCAUUAAUUCGCUUAAUAAGUUUGAACUGCAGGGAAUUUAGAAUUAAGAGUCUCCAUCGCUCAUCUGUGCAAGUGAAAAAUUAGGUCUUAAAAGAUCUGGAUUAAUGGUGGGAUUUUAGUGAUCUUUGGAAAAAGAGUGGUUUUGAUGGAACCGGAUUGGGUUUACUGUGGGGUGUACAAGCCAGUAAGUGUUGGUUAUCAUUAGAGCUUUUUUUCUUUUUCUUGUUUUUGUUUUUUAGUUAAAGCUCUAUAUUUUUAAUAUGUAAAUUUGAAUCUCUCUGUCUCUCUCUUUCUCUACAUUUUCCACAAAAGAAAAAAAGUCCAUUUCUUUUGACGUACUAGUCCCACCUGCCUUGUCCAAAUAAUGUAAGAUCCAAUGGUUGAUGGAAAAAGAAAAUAAAUUCCUUCA